UUUGAAUUGUAUACAGACCUCCGGUUUGGCGCCCCUUUAGAGGUGCAUUGCACGCGCAGUUGCGGGGGCCCUGCUUAUUGAACCACCAUUUGAAGGUCCUACUACUUUCCCAUUCACCAAUUCACUCCCUCAUCAUCGUCAUUCGUCACAUGGUGAGACAGCCCAUGGUGGAACCUCCCAGUGGUCACUUAUUCACGACGUGACCGGAGAGAUCACUAUUUAAUUAUUGCAUUUAGAUGCACACUAAUCUUGCAGCUAGCCUCUUCGGCAUGAUCAAUCUAUAUAAAUAUCUAUCAUUGACCCUGUCAAAUCAUCAGGCCCACAGGGUUGCCAUAUCUGGGGAUUCCUAUCUUGAGACUUUCAUAUGUCACCUGUUGGUGACAUUAGAUGACAGUUGGCGACACUGGUUAUGAUAAAUAAACCUGCGAUGAAUAGUGAAUGAACUCAAAUAACAAAAUAACACGAUCCGGUUGUUGGAUGUUGUUAUAAAAGAUAGUGCUACUAAAAAGCAGGUUCCUGCUUUCCUUUAUAGUUAAAAUUUAUUAUUUACAAAUACAUUUAUAUAUUUAAAAAAUUGUUAUUUACAGGAAGGCAAAUCCCAGAAAUUAUUGAUUUUGUUUUCAAUAACCUAUCUUUUUUACCACGUGGAAUAAUUUUAUUUUUAAAUGGUUAAAAACGAGGAAAAUCACUCAAAUAACAUGGGUGACCAAAAUCAUGAUAACAAUUCCAAUAAGAGUACUCCAGAUCUUGAUUUAGAAGAUGGGCUAAGUGCCGAAGAGAUGAUCAAUAAAGGCAGCGGUCUGACAUACAAUGAUUUUAUCAUAUUACCUGGAUAUAUUGAUUUCCUGCCUUCUGAAGUGGAACUUGCCAGUAGGUUGACAAAAAAAAUUACUCUGAAGGCACCUUUUGUAUCAUCACCUAUGGACACAGUUACCGAAGCUGACAUGGCCAUUGCUAUGGCUCUUUGCGGUGGUAUAGGUAUUAUACAUCACAACUGUCUACCUAGUUACCAAGCCAACGAAGUAAGCAAAGUAAAAAAAUACAAACAUGGUUUUAUUCAUGACCCAGUAGUUUUGUGUCCAGCAAAUACAGUUUCUGACGUACUAAAGGUUAAAAGCGAGCAUGGUUUUUGUGGGGUACCCAUAACAGAAAAUGGAAAAAUGGGGGGAACACUAGUGGGAAUAGUCACAUCUCGCGAUAUAGAUUUUUUAGAUGAUCUUAAUUUUGAAAACAUAAAACUAGAACAAAUCAUGACUAAACUAGAGAACCUAGUAACAGCUCAAUCAGGGGUAACCCUUUCUGAAGCAAAUCACAUAUUAGAAAAAAGCAAAAAGGGAAAAUUGCCCAUAGUAAAUGCCCAAGGUAGCUUAAUAGCCUUGAUGGCAAGAACUGACUUAAAGAAAGCUAAGAAUUAUCCAAUAGCUUCUAAAGAUGACAAUAAACAGCUAAUUGUCGGUGCUGCCUUGGGUACUAGGGAAGAGGACAAAGCAAGAUUGGCUCUUCUGGUUCAUGCUGGAGUAGAUGUAGUUAUUUUAGAUUCGUCUCAAGGAAAUUCGAUCUAUCAAAUAGAUAUGAUAAAAUUCAUAAGAAGCACUUAUCCUAAUUUGCAAGUCAUUGCUGGAAAUGUUGUUACCAAAAAACAAGCAAAGAAUCUAAUUGAUGCGGGCGCUGAUGGUUUAAGAGUAGGGAUGGGAAGUGGAAGUAUUUGUAUAACUCAAGAAGUAAUGGCCGUUGGACGACCUCAAGCUACUGCCGUGUACAAAGUUAGUCAAUAUGCCAAACAUUUCGGAGUACCUGUCAUUGCUGAUGGCGGUAUCCAAUCAAUUGGUCAUAUCACUAAAGCACUGGCCCUUGGAGCUUCUACUGUAAUGAUGGGCUCUUUGUUAGCUGGUACCUCAGAGGCACCUGGAGAAUAUUUCUUUUCUGAUGGUGUAAGGCUUAAAAAGUACCGUGGAAUGGGUAGUUUGGAAGCAAUGGAUCGUAAAGAUGCCAUGGGAUCUGCUAUGAAUAGAUAUUUUCACAAUGAGGUUGAUAAACUCAAAGUCGCUCAAGGCGUCAGCGGCAGUAUAGUUGACAAAGGAUCAGUAUUGCGGUUUGUACCAUAUUUACAAUGUGGUAUUAAGCAUGGCUGUCAAGAUAUUGGUGCCAGAUCAUUAAAUCAACUUAGGGAAUGGACGUAUUCUGGAAAGCUCCGGUUUGAAAUAAGGACACAUUCAGCUCAGGCUGAAGGAAAUGUACACAGCCUAUUUUCGUAUGAAAAAAGAUUAUAUUAAAUACUAAAAUUCCAUAUUAUUUAUUGAAGACUUUUUUUAACUUUUGAAACAAAAUGGUUAAUGAACUGAUAUGACUAAUACUACGGAUUAAAUCUAUCAUCACAUUAGAAUUAUAGACAAAAUAUUAAUUUCAAUUUAAUAUUAAUUAAUUAUUAAUAAUAAUUUGUAAAAUAGAUAAUGGAUUGUAAUGAAUUUUGAGCUUAUUUAAAUUUGACUUUUGCCAAAAUAAGUUAAAUAAAUACAGGGUUAAUAUACACAUCAUAAAAUAUUGUCAUAUGUAUAAUUAUCAGUAUUUUUGAAUAACUAUAUUUAGAUCAGUACUGCCAAAAAACUUUUCCGAAAAUAUAUUUUCGAUAUCCACUGGUUGAAAAUUUAAAUUUUAAAUAAGCUCUAGUAAUAAAUGUUGUUAAAUAUUCUUUUAAUUAUAGUUGUACAAUUAAGUGAACACUAAUUUGAUAUGGAAUAGCGCAUUUUUAUUUGUAUAAAAUGAAUUUACAAGGAAAUGCCUCUAUUUUCGAGAUUUAAAUAAAUAUACACAUAUAUAAUUGUAGUCGUUCUUGGCUUUCGUUUAGAUAUGACCAUUAUUGGCAUCCGCCCAAUAUACACCAUGUACCCUGGGGAAAAAAUUAAGGGAUCAAAAAAAAUCUCGAAUUUUGCGAUUUUUCGAGUGGCUGUAUCUUUGGUAAAAAUGGACGUACGUGAAUGAAAACAA